AGCACUUCCGUUGCUACAUGUGACGCACCCGGAAGUGUUGAUGCAUCAUCCGCUGUGCCUAGCAGCAGAGGCUAACGGCUAACUCCAGGUGAAGCAGACCCAGAGAGGGCUGCGUCUGGUGGAUGGAAGUGUGCCGCUCAGCGAUGGGACCAGAGAGAGUGCUGCCAAGCUCAGAGGACGAGCUGGGGGAGGACGAGCGUCCGGUGGACGGGGCGGUGCUGCCUGGGGGUGAGGACGGGGUGGAGGAAGAAGAGGAGGAGGAGAGCGGCGGGGGGUACUACUACCAGCCUCUGAACCAGGACCCGGACGGACCUGGGGAGCCGGAGGAGGAGGACAGGGGGGACACGUCCCACUCGGAGCAGCUGCAGCAGCUGCAGCACAGGAUAGAGGUGAUGGGUCUGCACCUACCUGAAGCUCCGUCCCCAGACAGCGACGAGGAGGAGGACCCGGAGGGGGCGGCGGCUCAGAGGAGCCGAGCGUCCAUCCCCAUGGAUCCAGCCCAUGUGGAGCUGGUGAAGAGGACGAUGGCGGGCGUGGCGCUGCCCUCGCUUGGCGUGCCGCCCUGGGCGCAGCAGAUCUCCGACGCCCAGUGGAGCGAUCUGGUCCAGAACACACUGCAGGAGCGCCAGAGUUCUGCCGGGCUGCGGAUGCUGCGCCGGAACCACGUCCCCUGAACGCACCGCCAUCCCUACAGGACCCUGAACGCACCGCCAUCCCUACAGGACCCUGAACGCACCGCCAGCAGCUGCAGCCUCGGCCGCUUUUGGUUCCGAUCCGACCCAGAUAACCGUUUACUGACUCUUCUUUCUUGGUUUAGUCUGGACCAGCUUCCUUCCCGUCUUAUUGCUCUCAUGUUUCCUGUUGUGUGUAGAAACAGGAAGUGGUCAUACAUGGGGGCGGGAUCUGCUUUAUUUCUGCUGUACAUGAACAUCUGUACAAAUCACCGUGUGAUGCUCAAUAAACAUCUGGAACAGC